AUGUCAAGUGAGGGCGGCGAUACGGGUGGUGUGGUGGAUCCAGAGACGUUAUAUACAAAACAAAAUUGCAUAGGUGGUGGAAGUUUUGGUAAAGUCUAUAAAGGGGUCGAUAAACGUACCGGACAGGCCGUCGCGAUCAAAGUUAUCGAUGUCGAAAACGCCGAGGACGAGGUGGAAGAUAUCAUACAGGAGAUCUCCAUCCUUUCAGAACUGCACUCGCCCUAUGUUACACAUUACUAUGGAUCGUACUUGAAAGGCUCGGACUUGUGGAUUGUAAUGGAAUUCUGCUCGGGGGGGAGUUGUGGGGACUUGAUGAAGCCAGGAUUAAUUGGAGAAGAAUACAUUUCGAUAAUUAUAAGGGAAUUGCUGUUGGGUCUUGAAUAUUUGCAUGGAGAUAAAAAGUUACAUAGGGAUAUCAAGGCUGCCAAUGUCCUUCUGGGCGCAAAUGGGCAAGUCAAGCUUGCAGACUUCGGCGUUUCAGGGCAACUUUCAGCAACCAUGACGAAAAAAAACACGUUCGUUGGUACACCUUUCUGGAUGGCUCCAGAAGUUAUUAAGCAAUCCGGAUAUGAUCACAAAGCGGACAUUUGGUCAUUGGGAAUUACAGCAUUGGAACUGGCCAACGGAGAACCACCAUAUUCGGAUAUACAUCCUAUGAAAGUUUUAUUUCUGAUCCCCAAGAACCCAGCCCCAGAAUUGGAGGGUAAUUUCUCUAAGGCCUUCAAAGAAUUCGUGGAGCUCUGUCUCCAGAAAGACCCUCGAAAACGGCCUUCUGCCAAAGAACUGCUAAAGCAUCCCUUUGUACGCAGAGCGAAGAAAACUUCAUAUCUUACUGAAUUAAUAGAGAGAUUCGAAAGGUGGGCGAUUCAUCAUAAGUCAGACGACGACGACUCAGAUGACGGACGAGAGGAGCUUCCGCGUCAAAUGCCAGUCAAUGAAGAUCUUUGGGAUUUUGGUACUGUGAGACCAAUGGGUGGUGCUAGAGGCGGUGGAAGAGCAGGUCUCAACGCCAUGGGGGAAUCAGCGACAAAUGCAAGAUCUACCAGAAAUUCCGAGAACGAAGAUGACUACGAAGAACGACCAAGAAGCAUAUCACCAACUAAGACCAAAGAUUCAGGAUACGUAUCUAAUGUUGAUACAAUUAAAGGUAUGAAUCAGCCAAAUACUAGCCAACCGCGCCAACCAUCACCACAAAGGCGUCCGGUUCCCGAUUUGCAACAGUCACCAUCCAAGGUACCAUUACCUCCUUCACCAGAAAAGCUUCGUCGCGAAAUACCAGACAUGCCUCGAGCACCACAGCAUCUGCAGCCGCUACAGAGCGAAUCGCCAGAUUAUGAUCGGUCAUUGCAGGAGCAACUUCAACGUGAUAUGAGUUUCUUGAAGAUCAGUGAAACACCUCCUCCGCAAAUUUCAAGAUCGCAAACCUCACAAAUACCACUGCAUCCCACGAGUCCCCAGCAACUCUCGGGAUUUCAGAGACCCCCAUCACAGCAACCACUACCGAGACUUGGACCAAUAACACUACCUGAAAUACCUCCUUUUCGGGGAAGUCCUCACGCUCUUCAGCAGGUCACAAAUCAGCCGAGUCCAGCAAAUCUUAAACCGUCAAUGCCAGCGGCAACACCACAGUCAGGUUCACAGAAUGUUAACCCUCGCCACACCGGGAAUCAACCCCUUCCAUCUCUCCCAUCAAAAUUACGCGAUACCACGCCUUCACGCGACACAUCGGGUGAAGGAGCGCGGACUCCGACGACCAUGCCCUCACCAUCACCAAAUGGCCCCGUUGAUGAGCUGGACGCUUUGAAUGGCGUGAUCUUUCCAGCACUUGAAGAAGCUUUAAAACGUCGGCAGAUUCAAUUGCAACAAACCUUCAACCAUACUGGAACGACCCCAAAACAACAACGAGCACAAGCCGCCCAAGAGAAAAUCCGAAAGCUAGUUUACAAGUUGGCUCAUGUCUGUAAGGAAAUUGACCAUUGGGACAAGCAAGAACCAGUUGGGAUGGCCAAUGGUGUAGAAGUGUUUCUUGAGGGCCUAUUAGAAGAAAUUCUAGUACGGGUCGAGCCAUUGGAUGAUGACGGAGCUUGA